AUGAGCAGCGUUCCUAGUUGCAUUCGCACACCGUAUUCAAAUUCAAUGAUGACUCGUAUUCGAUCUGAAGACAAUUUAUUACCAUGUCCCUUACCGAUACCGAUUCAUGGUACUGGAUUUAACGGAAUGUGUAUAAGAUCGACUUCAUCAUGUCAUUCACCAUCCGUGAUGCAUCGACCACUGAGCCAAAUGUACCCUGCUGAGAUGCAGCAUUUAAUGAUCAGACAACAUUCACCGAGAUAUUCAACAUCUCAUUAUCCAAUCACUGAAAUAUGCUGCAUAUGUCUAAAAGAGUCAAAUAUGGACGAUAAUUUUAUAUUUUGUGGAAGUGGAUGUAAUAGGUUUUAUCAUGGGUCGUGUGUUGGUCUAACUCAAAAUGCAAUACGAUUGAUUAGAGGUCAAACAUUUGCCGAAUGGGUUUGUGAUUACUGUCAUGUGACAAAGAAAAUUCCACCCGUUAAACUAAUAUCCUAA